AAACACGAUCCGGCCCGUAGUACAUUCCAGCCCACCAAAACCCCCUAAAAACCCUAACUUAUAACGCCACAUUCCCCCUUCUCUCCAUAACACAACAGCGCACAAAGACUCAGAAACAGAGUGAGAGGGCGACGCAGCUGCAACAAUGUCGAAGCGAGGUCGUGGAGGAUCGGCGGGUAACAAAUUCAGGAUGUCACUGGGUCUACCGGUGGCGGCGGUGGUGAACUGCGCAGACAACACCGGAGCUAAGAACCUUUACAUCAUUUCAGUCAAGGGGAUUAAGGGUAGGUUGAACAGGCUUCCGUCAGCUUGUGUAGGUGACAUGGUCAUGGCUACCGUGAAGAAGGGUAAGCCUGAUCUUCGUAAGAAGGUUAUGCCUGCUGUCAUUGUUAGGCAGCGCAAGCCAUGGCGCCGAAAGGACGGUGUUUUCAUGUACUUCGAAGAUAAUGCUGGUGUCAUUGUGAAUCCAAAGGGAGAAAUGAAAGGAUCUGCUAUCACAGGACCCAUUGGAAAGGAAUGUGCUGAUCUAUGGCCAAGAAUUGCAAGUGCUGCUAAUGCUAUUGUCUAAGUGUAGACUUACUUAUAUUUCUAGUAACUGUUUUGUUUAGAUCAAUAGUCCGAAUUUUGUUAGGGGUAUACUUCAUUACCUGGUUGAGCUUGAUAGGAUCUUUAAUUGUCCGUGCUGAAGAAGGAACUCUGCGUUUCAAUUGUUGUGCCUCAAUGCUGAAUUUUUUCAAUGAUCAUGGGAAUUUUGUUUGGUUCA